CCAGAGCAACAUUCUGACACGUCAGCAAUCACACCUCCGAGGCUCAAGUACCCAACCCCGGUCCUUCCAUCCUCUUUAUCGCUUCGAAUGGCAGUCAACGGAUCGCUCAACCGCUGCUUCUCUGAACGACUCUGAAGGUGUAUCUGAACUCGCCGGCGGUUUUCCGAUCGCGUUUUGGUGGUUUACGGCCGUGGUAUGGGCAGAAUGGCCCGGACGGGGACUUCUCACAAAACCUACAGUGCGAAUCCUAGCGAUUACAAGCUCCUCGAAGAGGUCGGUUACGGCGCGAGCGCGACGGUGUACAGAGCGAUCUAUCUUCCUUUCAAUGAAGUGGUGGCCGUUAAGUGUUUGGAUCUCGAUCGCUGCAAUAGCAAUCUGGAUGACAUACGUAGGGAGGCUCAAACAAUGAGUUUGAUUGACCAUCCAAAUGUAAUAAAGGCAUACUGUUCAUUUGUUGUUGAAAGAAAUCUUUGGGUGGUCAUGCCGUUCAUGGCAGAAGGCUCUUGCUUACACCUCAUGAAGAUAGCAUAUACGGAUGGAUUUGAAGAGUCAGCCAUUGGUUCUAUCCUGAAAGAGACUCUUAAAGCCUUGGAGUACCUCCAUCGACAUGGACAUAUCCAUCGGGAUGUUAAGGCUGGAAAUAUACUACUUGACAGUAAUGGAGUGGUAAAACUUGCCGAUUUUGGUGUUUCAGCAUGCAUGUUUGACAAAGGUGAUAGACAACGUUCAAGAAAUACUUUUGUAGGAACUCCAUGCUGGAUGGCACCCGAGGUUUUGCAACCAGGAAGUGGAUAUGAUUUCAAGGCUGAUAUUUGGUCAUUUGGCAUAACAGCUCUGGAGCUGGCUCAUGGUCAUGCACCCUUUUCAAAAUAUCCCCCAAUGAAGGUCCUUCUGAUGACCAUACAGAAUGCUCCUCCUGGACUUGACUAUGACCGUGAUAAGAAGUUCUCUAAGUCUUUUAAAGAAAUGGUUGCAAUGUGCUUGGUGAAAGAUCAAACAAAAAGGCCAACUGCUGAGAAGUUACUAAAACAUUCCUUUUUCAAGCAAGCUAAGCCUCCAGAACUUUCUGUAAAGAAAUUAUUUGCUGAGUUGCCACCACUUUGGCAGCGUGUGAAAGCCCUUCAGCUUAAAGAUGCUGCACAACUGGCUCUGAAAAAAAUGCCUUCAGCAGAACAAGAGGCCAUAUCACAGAGUGAGUACAAGAGAGGUGUCAGUGCCUGGAAUUUUGAUAUCGAGGAUUUAAAAGUACAAGCAUCAUUGGUACAAGAUGAUGAUGAAAUACAAGAAAUGAGGGAAGAAGAUGAAAGCAUGAAAUCAUUUGUUAUUGAUAAGGAUUCAUCUGAUUCCAGAUCUAGUUUGGGAAAAUCAAUCUCCACUAAUGACAAUUUUUUCAGAGGACGAAUAACUGGUGAUGAAUUAGCACAGGCAGAGUGCUUGAGCAAAAAGGGAAAGAGUUUGAGAAGUGAUUCACUCGAGUCUAGCAAUCAAGAGAAAAUUGGUCAGGAAAAGGAUAUAUCAAGUGCUGAGAUGAUGCCAUCAACCUCAGAGAAGGACAUGGUCAAUGCCAAGACUAAAACUCAGAUGGUGAAAGGUCGCCAGACACAGAGUGGACCCCUGAUGCCUGGUGUUGUGCUUAGUCAUUCAUUGUCAGACAGGGGGCGCUCCUUUGAAAGGUCCGAGAAUGAAAUUCAACCUAUUACUGAGAAAGCUAACCGUGAAGUACGGCGAGCACCAAGCUUUAGUGGUCCAUUGAUGCUUCCGAAUCGAGCUUCAGCAAACAGUUUAUCUGCUCCAAUAAAAUCUUCAGCGGGAUACAGAGAUUCUUUGGAGGAGAAGUCAAAGGCCAAUCUGGUGCAAAUAAAAGGACGGUUCUCAGUAACAUCUGAGAACGUAGAUCUUGUAAAGGGAUCACCACUCAGGAAGUCUGCUAGUGUUGGUGAUUGGAUGUUUGAUUCUAAACCAAUGCUCACUACACCAAAGGACUUUAGCAACAGUAAUGUACCCGCAUCACUUCUCAUGCCUCACCUUCAGAAUCUUUUUCAGCAGACCUCACUUCAACAGGAUCUCAUUACGAAUUUGUUGAAUAGCUUGCAAUCAUCUGAGAUAGUAGAUGCUUCUCAAAAUGGCAAAUUGCCCCCGUUACCUCGUGGUUCAGAAAACAAUGGAAAUGUAGAUCCAGGGGCUUCUGAAAGGGAGCGUUUGCUUCUCUUGAAAGUCUCUGAGCUUCAGGCUAGGAUGAUUAAUUUAACUGACGAACUAACAGCAGAGAAGUUUAAAUACAUGCAACUGCAGCAGCAGCUAAAUGCUGUGUCAGGUCAGGAAGAAGAUGGGGACAAACGAGAAGGAGAUGCUUGAAAACACUAAAUUCUCAGUAUCUGUAAAUUUCACCACCGUGUACAUUCAGAAAAGAAGCCGAGGCUAGCAAUCCAUAAUCACGCAUGUCAACUGCUUGAAUAAGUCUUUUUAUGGAAGAUUCUAGCUCCCAGUUGCCAAAUUCGUAAAAUAAUCAGCUUGUUGGGAUGUCAUUCCUUAUCAUUUAUUCGCACAAAGAGAAAUGACAAGUUGACAACCUCCCUGUGCAGUGUCAAGUUAUACCCCAGUUUUAAUAGUUGAAUUUCUUCAACCAGUGUGGCUCUCGAGUCUUGACGCAGAAGAAAGUCACAGGGGUAUUGGUUUGUAUCCUAUAAAUCGCAUAUUUGUAAUGUUAAACUCUGCACAUAACGUUAAAACAAUUAUUUUGUUAGCGUUGGGUUAGGACUUGGUAACUUAUCUCUCUAUUCAGAAACUCUCUACAACCCCAUCAUCUUCUUGGACCAAGAGUCACAGCAAUGAGAGAGAGCUCUAGGGGAUUUAAACCCAAAAUUCAAUAAGCCAAAUCCAAUAAAAUCCGAGGCCAGCCUCUUCUGUAGUGUGUUGAAAUUUAUUUGAUUACAAUAGGCUACUCGUUAUGAUGGCUGUUGGUGUAGUUGAUAAUUUGGUGAUGUUGCUUUUGUCCUUGUAACCUUUUCUUCCACAUGUUUGACAUCAAACAAAAUUUGAGUUUGGAUCAACAAUGCAAUAUGAAAUUUGAUAUUUUUCUUUUAAUGUUUA